GUUGGAGGGACAUAUAAUAACAAAAUAUUGAAGAUUGUUUUAUAAACUGUUUAACUUAAAACAAUGCCCAGCAAAAAGAAAAAAUAUAAUGCGAGAUUCCCUCCGGCCAGGAUUAAGAAGAUUAUGCAGACUGAUGAAGAGAUAGGCAAAGUGGCUGCCGCCGUUCCUGUCAUCAUAUCACGAGCUCUGGAGCUGUUCCUGGAGUCUCUCCUGACGAAAGCCUGUCAAGUCACCCAGUCCCGGAACGCAAAAACAAUGACGACGUCACACUUAAAACAGUGCAUUGAGCUGGAGCAGCAGUUUGACUUCCUGAAGGACCUGGUAGCGGCAGUGCCGGACAUGCAGGGCGAGGGAGAGGACAACCACGCAGAGGGAGGGGAAAAGGUUGCACGCAGAGGUCGAAAGCCGGGGUCAGGCCGCAAGAACGGAGGAGUUGGCUGCAAGGGCAAGGACAAGAAGCUAUCAGGCACAGAGUCAGAGCAAGAGGAUGACUCUGAGGACAGCGAGACAGAAGAGGAUGAGGAAGACGGGUCUCAGUCGAGCACAAACCUGCAGCCACAAUCGCGAUUCCACAGCCCAGACACCAUGCCACCCCAGUACCUCCACAUGGGCACCGCACAAGGGGGCCUGGCCAUGCCCCUGGGCUCCUUUGCCCCCCACCCCUCGCUGAUGGGCACCGCACCCCCGCCUCCCCCCUCCAUGCCGCACAAAGACGAAGACGAUGAUGACGAAGACUAUGACUCUUAGCUCCCCCCCCCCCGCUCUUUCACCUUUAAUUUUCUCUUAAGUUCUUCUCCUCUGUGGCUGCAUUGAGAGAGAGGUGAGUCCGGGCAGAUGGCCACAUGCAGCCCGUUGUUAAGGAAAAGCCUCCAACAACUGGCAGUAAGGUCUGUAGACAUGACAGCCGGCACCACUGAAGACGAGUAAUCGGUUGUAUAUUGUGUUUAAUUAUUUGUUAUUUUAUUGUAGAGAAAAAAAAUGAACCAGGUUGUUUUAUAAAAGACAGGUGGUUGUUCUAUUUGGACUAAAAAUGGCAGUUGAUGUUCUGAAAGGCCCCCAGCCCAAGUACCGGUUUGAUUAAGUCCCCCAUUGUAGUUUGCACUUUGGUUAUUCUCUCCUCUCUCUCUGUUUUCUGCAUACGUCAUUGGUGUUCAACGGACAUAUCACUCCAGUUCCAUGUUCACUUCUUCAACGGCUGCUCUGGUUCAGUUGAGAUGAUCAAACUGUAAUGCCUGUGCAGCCUACGUAGCCUCAUAGAAUACUGUACACACAGACACCUUCUCGGGAUGAAGUCGGAGCAGCGGUUGGUCGUAUUUUGAAAGGGAUCAGCACUUUCCUAUAGCAAAGGGAGACGAGAUGAUUGUCUGUGAGGAUUAUGAAUUUGGCAGAGCGGUUAGAUCUUGGUCUUGCUUUCAGAGUUGGUCGUUAUUGCACGUGGCUAUUCCAAUCGUUAGGGUACGGGUAAGGAGAUGUGUUUUACUGUAGGUUAUGAGUUCUUCUCAAUGUGACUUCAGAGUUGAGGAUUUCCCCCUUUUUAAUGCAACUUUUUAUGACGAUAAUUGAUCCUCGUGAAGACCUUGGCCGUUAGCUUACGUCAACCAUAUUCACAUGUCAUUAUGCUAAUGAUUACAACUCCAAUUGGUUGUUUUUGUUGUUUUGAAAUAUGAGUGACAAGUCACUGCUUUUGAGGUAAAAUAUGUUGUUUUGUACCCCCCCUCAGCCCAACUAUCUCCUUCUUGAAGACAGAUAUUUAUGUGCUGGCUAUUCUUAUCUGAAAUGUACUAUGAUACUCCUCCUGGACCAUAACUUUGUUUUUAAAGUUGUUAAACCUCUCACCUUUUCUUCUCACCUAUAAUUUGUUUUCAAAAAUAUAUCGUACCCUCCCCCCACUUGGAAUAAAAUUCUCCUUUGUGUUGUAUUUUUCUUUUUCUCUCUUUUAGAUUCUUUUAAUGUACAAAUUGAAACGCAGAGAAGGAUAGGGCUCCCGUUUCUUGUUAUGAAAUGUUUAAAGGUAGGCUGUUGAACUUGACGCUGUAUGUACAAUUUUAACAUUCUUUUUAUUUUGUAUGGGUGAAAUAAAGUUCAGAUUUCAAUAAAA